AGGAGGAGGAGGGCAUUGAGGAAGAAGGCAGCGAGUAUCAAUGACAUCAACCAGCAGUAUCUGAGGCCGCCCGACCAGCUAUGCUCUCCCGACAAAAGGGCUGAGGAGCAGCCGAGAGCCGCCGCACAGCCCGGACGGAGCGGACGCGCCGCGCGCCGGCGAUGCGUGCACGGCAUCCCGCACAAAGGCAGACGUUUCUGUGAGCGGAGCUCCUGCUGCUCCUGGAUUUACAUUCACCCUCGCCGAUCCCGAGGAAGCUUCCAGCUGCAAAAGAAAAAAAAAAAUCCACCCACAUGAAUCUCCCAGACAGUCAAGAAGACGGAGCACUUCUUACCGAGAGUGCCUACCCCUGUUGAGCGAAGCCCUUCCUGUAUCUCCGCCAUCUGCGACCGCGUCGUCGGUGCCAUGUCUCCGCCUGCAACAGGUCGAGCUGUGGCCCCGUCCAGGAGGCCGACCGUGGGGCUCUGCCUUCGCCAAUGUCCCCUGUGUCUGCUGCUGCCUUUGAUUAUCCUGCUGACAAGUCCUUUCAGCGGUGUGUGUGCUGGAGCGCCAGCCUCUCCAAAGUUCACCAAGACUCCCACGGACCAGAUCGGGGUGUCAGGGGGGGUGGCAUCAUUUGUGUGCCAGGCCAAUGGCAAUCCCAAGCCCGCUGUCUACUGGAACAAGAAGGGCAAGAAGGUCAACUCCCAGCGUAUCGAGACUAUAGAGUUUGAUGAGGGUGCAGGUGCCGUGCUGAGGAUCCAGCCUCUCAGAGCACCCCGAGACGAGAACGUCUACGAGUGUGUGGCACGCAACAGUGAAGGCCAGGUGUCCGUCACAGCAAAGCUGUCAAUUAUCAGAGAGGACCUGCUGCCGUUCGGCUUCCCCAGCAUCGACAUGGGCCCCCAGCUGAAGGUGGUUGAGCGCACGAGGACGGCCACCAUGCUGUGCGCCGCCAGCGGCAUCCCGGACCCGGAGAUCUCCUGGUUCAAAGACUUCCUGCCCGUGGACCCCAGCACCAGCCAGGGGCGCAUCAAACAGCUCCGAUCAGGAGCGUUACAGAUUGAGAACAGCGAGGAAACCGACCAAGGGAAGUAUGAGUGUGUGGCCACCAACUCACAAGGCGUGCGCUACUCCUCUCCCGCAAACCUAUACGUCCGAGAGCUUCGAGAAGGAGCGACAGACACAUUGCGCCGCGUACCCCCUCGUUUCUCCAUCCUCCCCUCCAACCAAGAGAUCAUGCCCGGGGGGAGCGUCAACAUCACGUGCGUGGCCGUGGGCUCGCCCAUGCCGUACGUCAAGUGGAUGCUCGGCAGCGAGGAUCUGACCCCCGAGGACGAAAUGCCGAUCGGACGGAACGUGUUAGAGCUCAAUAGUGUCCGGGAGUCUGCAAACUACACCUGCGUGGCCAUGAGUAGCCUGGGGGUCAUUGAGGCCACGGCUCAGGUCUUAGUCAAGACUCUGCCAAAGCCUCCUGGCACACCCAUCGUCACCGAAACCACAGCCACCAGUGUGACCAUCACCUGGGACUCUGGGAACCCCGACCCCGUCUCCUAUUACAUCAUCCAGUACCGCGCCAAGGGGCCUGACACCAAGUACGAGACGGUGGACAGCAUCACCACCACGCGCUACAGCAUCGGGGGCCUGUACCCCAACACCGAGUACGAGAUCCGAGUCUCGGCCUUCAACAGCAUCGGCCAGGGGCCGCCGUCCACCCGGGUGGAGGCCCGUACGGGAGAGCAGGCCCCCGCCAGCCCCCCGCGGAACGUCCAGGCUCACAUCGUGUCGGAAAACACCGUGAUGGUCCGCUGGGAGGAGCCGGAGGAACCCAAUGGACAGGUGAAAGGCUAUCGUGUGUACUAUACCAUGGAUCCAUCCCGGCCGAUGAACGAGUGGCAGAUCCAUAAUGUCCAGGACAGCGUGAUAACUACCAUCCAGAACCUCGUGACCUCGGAGACCUACACCAUCCAGGUCCUCGCCUUCACCUCGGUGGGCGACGGGCCCUUCUCCGACCCGGUCCAUGUUAAAGUUGUGCGCGGAGUCCCAGGACAACCAGGCAAGUUCAGAGUGGGUAAAGUGACAGACACCAGCAUCGAGCUGACCUGGGAGUCUGCCUACACCAAUGAGAAGAUCGUCAACUAUGAGCUGCUCUACAAACCUGUCAAGUUUGGCGAUUUGGAGAAGCUGACCUUCGGACCGAGGAAUUCUUACACAGUGGAGGGUCUGAAAGCGAACACCGAGUACUCCUUCUCCCUGGCUGCCAUCUCCAGCAAAGGCAUUGGCGCUUUCACUAAUGAACUGGUGCAGAGGACGUCACAAGCCAAGCCCUCCGCCGCACCGGAAGGUGUGUCCUGUGAGAGUGCCAGCUCCACCUCGCUGAGAGUAAGUUGGGAGCCGCCUCCAAUGGAGGGCCAGAAUGGCGAGCUGGCGGGUUUUGAGCUGAGGUACCAGAGAGUUUCUGGGGCAGGAGGUGGAGGUGGAGGUGGAGGUCAGGGCCUGGAGGUGAAGGUGCUCCCUAUCCCAGGCCUGCAGGGGCAGACAGUGGUAGAGGGGCUGGAGAAAUGGAGCUGGUACAACGUCACCGUGGCGGCCUCCACGGCUGAAGGAACUGGACCCAGCAGUCCAGCUGUGGCCUGCAGAACAGAUGAGGACGUUCCCGGCGCGGCCCCUCGCCAAGUCGACGUCCAGCCGCUGAACUCCUCGGCACUUCGAGUCACGUGGCGUUCAGUGUUGCCACGGUUACGGCAAGGCCAGAUUCGUGGCUACCAGGUGCAUUUCAGCCGUGCGGAGAGCGGUGAAUCACGCAACCUCCCCCGGAUCAAAGAUCUUUUAUUGGAUGAGUCUCAGAUGGAGGAGGAUGACUCCACUCAAUAUGAGCUGAUUCUAGGAGGCCUGAAAGCAGAGACGUUGUACUCUGUCUCAGUGGCAGCGUACACCACCAAAGGCGAUGGAGCUCACAGCAAAGCCAAGCUGGUGCAGACCCUGGGGAUCGUGCCCGGCCCGCCCACCAUGUGGGUGCGUCCAGAAUCGGGUCCGUCAGUAGUGGUGCGAUGGGCUCCGCCACCGGACUGCGCUGAGUCAGGUCCUGAUAGCCGGCGGGCUCCCGUGGAAAUCCAAGGCUACCGCCUACAGUUUGGCCUGAAGAACACGUCUUUAGACAGCACAGUGAAUUUCACACACCGUGAAACAAACUUCACUGUCAGAAACCUCUCGCCGGGCUCCUCCUACGUCUUUGUCCUGUCUGCGAAGAGUCGGGCGGGCUAUGGGGAUGCGGUGCAGCAGGAAAUAACAGUUCCCUUUUUCCCGCCCAUGGGAUACCCCAAAAUACCCGACUCAGUUAACGUUACCUGCUGCUCCCUGCAGCUGUCCUGGUCGCCCCCCGCACCGGCGGAGUGCAACGGCGUGAUCACAGAAUACACUAUAGCUUACAGAGAAGCUCCAGGCCCCAAACCCUCUAGUGACCCAGGCUCCACUCUGCCAGCUCCCCCUGCGCCCCCCUGGCUGAUCACACUACCGCCGAGUGAGUCCAGCUACAUCAUCGUGGGCCUCAAUCACAGCACAGCCUACGAGGUGCAGAUCAGAGCCCACAACAAGGCAGGGCCGGGGCCCUUCAGCCCACCUGUGGUGUGCCUCACCCUGGCCUUCCAAACAGAUGUGCCGAGGAAUUUUUCUGUCAAUCUGGCCACAAAGACUAGUGUUCUUCUCACCUGGGAGUUUCCAGAGACCAGCAAAUCCUAUCGCUUUACUGUGGAGUACGACCGUCAGAAGAUGGAGCUGAACGCUCGCCAGAGAAAGACCGUCAUCCCGAACCUUCAGCCCGACACCAGCUACGACUUUAAAAUCACCGCUCCCGAAGGCAACAUGGGAGGCCUGCGCCACCGCAUCACCGCCAAGACCUCCCCGCCCAUCACCAUCCGCCGCCCUGAGAUCGACCACACCCGUGACACCGAAACCACCGUCACCCUGAUCCUGCCGUCGCUGGAAAACCGAACUCCUGUCAAGAAUGUUUAUGUUGUUGUGGUUCCACUGCGGAGAGCCCGCGGCGUCAUCAGACACCUUAAGAGCCCAGAUGAAAUGGACCUAGAGGAGCUGUUGAAAGACAUCAGUCAGAGGCAGAGGGAUUCGCGGCAGCAGAAGCAGGUGGACCUGCGCCAGGCUUACAUCACAGCCCGUUUCACACCUGCCACCCUGCCGGCCUUCUUCACCCUGGGGGAUCAGCUGGACUACGGCGGCUUCGAGAACCGAGCUCUGGAGCCGGGGCAGGAGUACGUCUUCUUCAUCUUGGCGGAGCUCAACUCCACAACGGGGAGGAUGUAUGUGGCCAGCCCGUACACAGACCCAGUGAUCGCCCCGGAUUCAGACCCGCAGCCCUUUGAUGCAGGCGACGGUUUGAUCUGGGUGGUUGGACCUGUCCUGGCUGUGGUCUUCAUUAUCUGCAUUGUCAUCGCCAUUCUCCUUUACAAAAACAGCAAGCCUGACAGCAGUAAGCGCAAAGACUCCGAGCCUGGAACCAAGAGUCUUUUGAGCAAUGCGGAGAUGAUGGCCCAUCACCCGACAGACCCCGUGGAGAUGAGACGGAUCAACUUCCAGACUCCCGGCAUGAUGAGCCAUCCUCCCAUCCCCAUCAGCGAGCUGGCUGAGCACAUCGAGCUGCUGAAAGCCAACGACAACCUGAGACUCUCCCAGGAGUACGAGUCAAUCGACCCCAGUCAGCAGUUCACCUGGGAACACUCCAACCUGGAGGUUAACAAGCCCAAAAACCGAUACGCUAACGUCAUCGCGUACGACCACACCAGAGUCAUCCUGGCUCCUAUAGAAGGCAUCCUGGGAAGCGACUACAUCAACGCCAACUACAUCGACGGCUACAGGAAGCAGAAUGCCUACAUCGCUACCCAGGGGCCGCUGGCGGAGACGUUCGGGGACUUCUGGAGGAUGGUGUGGGAGCAGCGAGCCGCCUCUGUGGUCAUGAUGACCCGUCUGGAGGAAAAGUCAAGGAUAAAGUGUGAUCAGUACUGGCCAAGUCGAGGCACAGAGACAUAUGGGAUGAUCCAGGUCACGCUGCUGGACACCAUGGAGCUGGCCACUUUCUGUGUUCGCACCUUCUCUCUGCAUAAGAGCGGAAGCAGCGAACGGAGAGAGGUGCGGCAGUUCCAGUUCACAGCAUGGCCUGAUCACGGGGUGCCAGAGUAUCCCACUCCCUUCCUCAACUUCCUCCGCAGGGUGAAAGCCUGCAACCCCCCCGAUGCUGGACCCAUCAUUGCUCACUGCAGUGCCGGUGUUGGGCGCACUGGCUGCUUCAUUGUCAUCGAUGCCAUGCUGGAGCGCAUCCGACACGAGCGCACCGUGGACAUCUACGGCCACGUGACACUGAUGCGCUCUCAGAGGAACUACAUGGUGCAGACGGAGGACCAGUACAGCUUCAUCCACGAGGCCUUGCUGGAGGCGGUGGCCUGCGGCAACACCGAGGUGGCCGCCAGGAGUCUGUACUCCUACAUGCAGAAGCUGUCCAAGGUGGAGACUGGAGAGCACGUCACCGGCAUGGAGCUGGAGUUCAAGCGACUGGCCAACACCAAAGCCCACACGUCCCGGUUCGUCACGGCCAACCUGCCUUGCAACAAAUUCAAGAACAGACUGGUCAACAUCAUGCCCUAUGAAACCACUCGGGUGUGCCUCCAGCCAAUCAGAGGCCUGGAGGGCUCCGACUACAUCAACGCCAGCUACAUAGAUGGAUACAGGCAGCAGAGAGGCUACAUUGCCACCCAGGGCCCACUGGCUGAAACUACGGAGGACUUCUGGAGGAUGCUGUGGGAGCACAACUCUACUAUCGUGGUCAUGCUGACCAAGCUGAGAGAAAUGGGACGGGAAAAGUGUCAUCAGUACUGGCCCGCCGAGCGGUCAGCCAGGUAUCAGUACUUUGUGGUGGACCCCAUGGCGGAGUACAACAUGCCUCAGUACAUCCUCCGGGAGUUCAAAGUUACCGAUGCCAGGGAUGGCCAGUCGCGAACGGUCCGGCAGUUCCAGUUCACUGACUGGCCGGAGCAAGGCGUGCCCAAAUCUGGGGAGGGAUUCAUCGAUUUCAUCGGCCAAGUGCACAAAACCAAGGAGCAGUUUGGCCAAGACGGACCAAUCAGCGUUCACUGCAGUGCGGGCGUGGGGCGGACAGGUGUCUUCAUCACUCUGAGUAUUGUGCUGGAGAGGAUGCGUUACGAAGGGGCGGUGGACAUCUUCCAAACUGUCAAAAUGCUGCGGACACAGAGGCCAGCCAUGGUGCAGACUGAGGACGAGUACCAGUUCUGCUACCAGGCUGCUCUCGAGUACCUGGGUAGCUUCGACCACUAUGCAACGUAAGAAGAGAGACGAGCAUCCAUCCAUCUUUCUGCUUCGAGGUCCACAAACAAACCAACAAGCGACACAAGAGAAAGACGGCUCGAUACUAACAUUGGACCUUAUCCGGGAGCAAGAUUCAAAGGCAAAUUCAACACCGACAAGGACAAAAACAGCAACAAGAAAUCUGUCUAACAGCACCCACGCUCAUCAGGAGGCUCCCCGGGGAGCGGGUGGGUGUGGAGACUAUCCAUGUGUAAUCCAUAUACUUACCUCAGUGUUCCAGUGUGAAGGACGUAUAAUACAUGUGUGUUGUGGUCAGCUAUCUCCAAUAUGAAACCGUGAAUUACAAAUGGCUUCUGAACAGGAUACUCUAUGUGUAUAAAAUACAAAAAAGAUUUAAAAAACAAAAAAAUUAAAAAAAAAUAAAAUAAACACACACAAAGAGCCUGGAUAUUUGCUGCACCCGAAAUGGGCUUUUUAUCCUCAACUUUGUAUCUAUUAGUUUGGUGUACUAAAAAGGGGUUACAAAGUGCAAAGGUGAACAUUUCUGUGUGUCCGUGAGUCUAUUUCAAAGGUGUCUACUGCUACCACAGGUAGUUUACGGCUGUAGUUUCAAGCGGAUGACUAGGUUAUGCCUCAGCACAGGCCUGCAGUAUGGACUCACCACCCCGAGGACUGUUGGAGGAGCGUGUGGACGCUCGUUUACCCGAUGCACAGUGCCAAGAGAAACCAUGCAGCGUGAACGUGACCCGUGGCCUCCGAGGAGCCGCGGCUCCCUCCGUCAUCCAGCAUAACGUCAGACCAGAGACGGUCAUGGACCAGUUCACCGCCCCCCCCAGUCGCGUCCUCACAGAGUAACUACCGGCCACAGAGCAGCGAUUAGAGCCCGCCGUAUCCUUAACUGGGCUGAGAUUUGUAGUCCGGUGCAUUUCCUCAUCCGACGAAGCUUGCUUGCGAUUUGCUGUUGUCCUUGUUCAUCCUCCAGCGCCGCUCCUCUUGAUGUCAGUCCCAUUGUGUCCGUUCAGCAGUGACUUAUUUAAAGAGAUGCUAAUGAAAAAAAAAACAAAACAAAAAACUGAGCUCCGGCCAGUUUUCGUUUUCUCUCCCUCAGUUAAAAACAGCUGUCAGCUCAUUUCUGUAGAUUUUUGUGUGUCUUUUACUGUAUGUCUUUGCCUUAUGCUUACUUUUUUUAACGUGCUGCUUAUCGCUCAUGCAUUCUAUGCUAAACUUUUAUUGUUGUACAUUAUCUUCACUCAAGGAUGAAAGCUGUUUCCUCAUCAUCUUCCUCCUCCUGAAGCUUCCCUACUUGAAUUGCACCAAUUUGCAGUAAAAAAAAAAAAAAAACCCUGUUAUAUUUUUACUAGUUAAGGCUACUGGCAAUAAACCAUGAUGAGAAAAAUCAAGGGAAUCUUCAGAGCGAGUGGUAAAUUGCUCACUUUCAACAGUCCUCUCCCUCUUUCGCCCCUUCAUGUAAACCCCAAGGAAAUGUUCUCUUCUCCUUAAACCCUGCUGUACAGACCGCCCCACUUCAUGUUUUCCCCUCCAUCUAUCUCCAGUACAACUGCACAAGUCCUUGAUAUCAAUGUAUAUCUUCUAUUGAUUUGGAAAAAUAAUCAGAAUUGGUCCCAAGUGGUGGUUCCAGAGCACAGCGGUGUUCCCCGUGUAUCGGACGACUUGGGCAAAACCCACCAAUUUUGUACAUACAGUCUAUCAUUGGAGUCCUAUACAGUACAGUUACAUACGUCUGAGCACAGAAUAUAACGUGGGUUUGGAUGUGAUGUAGUACUUAUUGUCGCAAAAAAGCCUUAUUGUUAUUGUUCACUUUGUUAUAUUUAUUUCAUAUGAUUUUUUAAAAAAAAAAACAAAAAAGAUAUUUAUUCUAUUUUGUUAUUUUUUAUGUUUGUUUUUAUUUAUUUUUGAUUUCUAGCAAUUAUAACCAAUAAGAUGGUGUUUACUUGUUUCUUUGGCGAGCCAAUGUUAAAGUAUGAUAUUGUCACUGUUUAUCUUUUUUUUUUAUUAUUAUUUUUAAUGGUCAGUUUUGGUGCUUUUUUUUUAAUUUGCUUUGUUAUUAUGAAGUAUGCCCUCUGUGUAGGGUACUAUUUGAUACUGAUUACUGAUGUCCGACUAGUUAGCUAGAGAUGUUCGUUAGAGGCAGAACUAGUUUAAGUUUACAGUGACGUCCCUUCGAUGCCCUCCCCGACUCCACCUACAUAGCAACAGCAGAGAUGGGAUGUUAGCAGAGGAGGCGCGCUCCACCGAGGCGUGCGGCGUCAGGGCAUCGGAGAAUUAGAGGCCUAGAGCAGACGUCUUAGUGAAAACCUCCUGGCAAGCUGCUGGUGUUUAGUUUGCUUGAAAGCACAUGGUAGCAAGUGUAUUUUUGACUGAGGAUGGGUACGAAUUGCCUAGCUACACACUUUACACACCCUCAAAAAGCUAUCGUUUGAACCUGAAAAUUAUUCUCAUAUGAACUCUAUGUGUGGUCCAAAAGUCUUGACAAUGUUUGACAUAUAUGAAAUAUGUUAUUCCUUCAAUUUCUAAUGAUUAUUGUGUCAAGAGAAAUAUAAAAGGCACACACAAAACAUGAUAUGAAAUGUAUUGAGGGCCAGCUCUGAUGAUGCCAUCCCCCUCACUUCUGUACCUGGUCUUUCCUUUCAAACCAUAGAUGUAGAUAUUGUAUCUUGACUUUGUAUUAAAAGCAGGAUGAUUGGAUAUACAGCACAA